AUGUGUUACAGUGUUCUAGUAUUUCCACCUGUGAGUAACUACCGCAGAUUUCUCAUUCAUCGCUGUGUUGAGCAGUUGAGUCAACCAGAUCUUGCCACCUUCUCUAUAGGUGUCAGUGACGAGCGACGAACUGUUGUUUGUUACCGAGAUAAAUUAUUGAGUGAUGAAGCUUGUGCAAGACCAACCAUGGUCCUGACACAGACAGAAAAGCCGAAUGCCACCCAAAAUGGAGAGAAUGCGGUGGGGAGCUCUGCGCGAGCGCAGCCUCAGGAGAAGCCAAGAUCCGGUUCGUCGAAACCCAGACGACCAGAUCGAGCGGUCUAUGUUCCGAGGGCUUUGCGAGGAGGAGCAGACAACACCACAGAUGAAAACAAACCUUUAGAAAACAAGCGGACCAGUCACAGCGCCGACGGAAAGUGUCCAAAAUCUCCUGGGUCCAAAGAAAAGUCCGUUCACGGUACACCCAGAAAAUCUCUAGACAAGAAUUUCUGCAACGUUUACACACCGCCUCAUCUCAGGAAUCAAAGAUCUCAGACAGCACACAUCGAUAGUGAGCCUCCUAGCGAAAACACAACCGUGCCUUUCGGCUGUCAAGUGCCAAAUAAUGAUAGUGCAAUAUCAAUUAGUGAUAAUAGUUAUAAAGAGUUAGAAGGAGAGAGUUUCUAUAUAGGAGAUUAUUUUGCUAACGGACAGCUAGGUUUUUACUCACCUAAUUUGUACCAAUACAACGAUAUACAAAACGUCGAAGAUUGGAGGACAAAUGAAACUGAAGACUUGAAUAUGUCGCUUCAACAAAAUCAAGGCAAUAUUAUUGAUAAGGAUUAUUUAUAUGACAAAGAUGAAGACGUCGAGAAGAAUGAAUUGAAGCGAGCGUCACAAGAAAUUAAUAGGAGUAGUAAGAGAAUUAUCAAGCAGACUUUUGAUUCGGAUGUUUUAGUGAUAUCGGAUCCGAUAGAGGAGCCUGUUAGUCCACGAUCGACAAGUCCACGAGAGAAAGACGAAAAUGAAGUACCAAAAGAGCAGAAAAAGAAGACUAAACCGAAAUUGGAAGCAAAGGUAUCAUUAAAACGCGAAGAAAACGAUUGGGAUGCAGUGUUUGAUGAUAGUGGUGAAUGCCUGGACCCGUCUUUACUAGAAGAACUUACAUCUACUGUUGGGAAAGUGCACAUAUCAAAAACUAAGAACAAUUACGAUCAGUAUCAAACACGAGGUCAAGCUUUAUUCAAUGGGCCCUAUGAUGAGACGUUUGCGCAUGUCGUGGAGGUGUAUGAUUUUCCAAAUGAAUUUAAAACGAAUGAUAUAUUGUCGUUGUUUAGUGAAUAUAAAGAUACUGGAUUCGAGAUUAAGUGGGUGGAUGAUACGCAUGCCUUAGUUGUAUUCAGCAGCGCAAAAAUUGCUGCGGAAGUAUUGUCUACUCAACGCUCGCUUGCCAAAUGUCGGCCGUUGCAUGCAGCCACCCUCGAAUCGCGGAAUAAGGCAAAAAAAUGUGCAGAGUUCCUUCAACCAUACAGACAGCGACCAGAAACGUGUACUGCGCUUGCGAGGCGACUGGUCUCUGGCGCUUUGGGUGUGCGAUUGAGCACCGCAAGACAGGAAAGAGAUGAAGAAAGACGCCUUAUUACUAUUGCUAGAGAGAAGAAACGCAAAGCUGCCCUUCAUAAAGAGGAAGCUUGGGAUGGCUCGCUUGAAAAUUCGUUGCAGACGUUAGACACCUGA